UAUUAGCUUCCGUACAACUGGGGGUAGGGGGGCUUCAUCUCUGGAAGUGAGGAAGUGCAAAGAGCAGGCCUCUGAAUGGGAAAUCUACCGACAACGGUUAAGCACUGCCUGAGCUACGAGCAGCUCGUCCAGGACUAUCCAUGGCUGAGACGCUGGCUGCUGGAGGAGGCAGAGACAGCUAAAGAUAAAAGUACUGCUUCAGAGUAUCCAAACUGUGUGAAAAUAGUUGAAGUUGGGCCCAGAGAUGGACUCCAAAACGAAAAGGAAAUUGUUGCAACAGGCGUGAAAAUCCAGUUGAUAGACAUGCUCUCGGGAUCAGGCCUGCGUGUGAUCGAGGCCACCAGCUUUGUCUCCUCAAAGUGGGUACCGCAGAUGGCCGACCACACUGAGGUUCUCACAGGAAUCCAGAGAGCACCUCAUGUUCAGUACCCGGUAUUGACACCCAACAUGAAAGGCUUUCAGGACGCUGUUGCAGCAGGCGCUAAUGAAGUGGCAGUGUUUGGCUCAGCAUCUGAGACCUUCUGCAUAAAAAACAUAAAUUGCUCUAUCGAUGAAAGCAUGAAGAGGUUUGAUGAAGUCGUCAAGGGGGCCAAAGAACUAACAAUUCCGGUCCGCGGAUACGUUUCCUGUGCCCUUGGAUGCCCUUAUGAAGGACACGUUGAUCCAUCCAAAGUUGCCGAGGUUAGUAAGAGAUUAUAUGAGAUGGGAUGCUAUGAGGUCUCGCUGGGGGACACCAUCGGCGUGGGCACUCCAGGUUCCAUGUGUAAGAUGCUACAGAGCGUAAUGAAGCACAUUCCGGCGAGCGCUCUUGCAGUUCACUGCCAUGACACGUACGGCCAAGCGUUGCCAAACAUACUCACCGCACUUCAGAUGGGAGUGCGCGUGGUGGACUCCGCAGUGGCCGGUCUGGGAGGUUGCCCGUACGCUCAGGGUUCAUCUGGCAAUGUUUCAACAGAGGAUGUUCUCUACAUGCUCCACGGCAUGGGCAUCCACACUGGGGUAAACCUUGCCAAAGUCCUGGAGGCAGGUGACUUCAUCUGCACUGCUCUACAUCGCAGGACAAACUCCAAGGUUGCUCAGGCAAGAAGCAGAAUGCCAUGAUCUUGUUUCUUUCACACAUUUGACUCGAUUUGAUGAUGAGUGCUUUGCCUCUUCUUUCUGUCUUACAUUCUUUGUGUAGGGAUUUUAAUGUGCAUCUGCUUAGUUUGCACUUCAACUAGUUUAAAGUGUGUCUGACAUUUAAAGUAUGUUUAAUUCAAAUAAUCGCUCUCUGUUAAUAAUGUCAACUGCAUUUACUUGGCCAUUGCAAACGA